AUGUCCGACGACGAACCCCCCCUGGUCCUGGUAACAGGCGGCACAAGCUUCAUCGCAAAAUGGAUCAUCGCGACCCUGCUUCGCCAAAACUACCGCGUGCGCACGACAAUCCGCACCCUCACCCGAAUCCCCGAGAUCCACGCCUCCCUAUCCGAGGCGGGAACCUCACAGGACCAACUCCCAUCCCUGCAAAUCGUCCACGCAGACCUAACAGCCGACGACGGCUGGACCGCCGCAAUGAAAGACGUAACCUACGUCCAGCACGUCGCGAGCCCGUUCCCCUCCGCACCACCAGCCCACGAAGACGAGCUGAUCAUCCCCGCGGUGCAGGGGACGAAGCGCGUUCUCUGCGCUGCGCGCGAUGCAGGUGUGAGGCGCGUUGUGAUGACGAGCUCCGUCGCGGCGAUUUUGUAUGGCGCCGGGAACAAGGAAAAGAAGGUAUUUAGUGAGGAGGACUGGACGGAUCUGGAUGGGGGGCGGGGGGAUGUGGCCGCGUACCCGAAGUCGAAGACGCUUGCUGAGAGGGCGGCGUGGGAGUUUAUGGAGGGCCUUAAGGAGAAAGACGGGGGUAAGGGCGGAAUGGAACUUGUAUCCGUUAAUCCUGUCUGCGUGUAUGGACCUGCACUAGGGAAGGAAGAUUCCACGACGCUGCAUUCCAUCACGGAAUUGACCUCCGGCAAUGCGCUUGGUAUACCCAGGGUACAGUAUGGUGUUGUUGAUGUGCGCGACUGCGCGGACCUGCAUGUGCUUGCGAUGACGCAUGAGAGGGCGGGUGGGGAGCGGUUUAUCUGCGUUGGGGAGGGCAUGAUGUGGAUGGGGGAGAUGGCGACGCUACUUAGGACAAAGCUAGGAGAGAAGGGGAGGAAAGUGCCGAGUCUCACGCUGCCGGAUUUCCUGGUUCGGGCUGUUGCGCUUGUUAUGCCUGUUGCGAGGCUCAUACUUCCGGAUCUUGGGAGGGAUCGGGAUGUGAGGGGGGAUAAGGCGAGAGAGAUGCUGGGGUGGAGGUGGAAGUACAGUAAUGGUGAGGCGGUUAUGGCUGCGGCGGAGAGUUUGAUUAAGUUUGAUUUCUGA